AUGAUCCAUUUCUGGAAACCCAGCAUCAUUGUUGGCCACGGUGUCGAGAAGAACAUGCAGGGAACUCACCUCGCACUGUUUAUUGACCAACAUUCUGGCCUUCAAGAACAUUCUCCAUCGUCGUGGGUGGCGGCGAAUGAUCUUAGUCCAAGAAGACGAGCUGCGAGGCGGGAGGAAUCACCUACGAGAGCGGAAAGGUCGUGGGCGGUGUUCUGGGAUGUCCAAAGAGACCGACUAACAUGCAAGGAACCCACCUCGCAUUGUUUAUUGACCAACGUUCUGGCCUUCGCAAACACUCUCCGUCGUUGUGGCACGGGGCAGGGAUGGAAGGGCAGCGGUGUUGAACGUUCUGGGUUCAAGAAGACACGGGAGGAUGCACCUACAAGGGCGGACAGGUUGUGGGCGGCGUUCUGGGAUGCACAAAGAGCACAAAAACCUCGAUUCCGACCACGCGGAUCACUAGCCCCUUCCUUGUUCAGCAGCGUGUUGGACCUUGAAGACGUGGGCGGGUGUCUGGGUGUCGGGUCCGAGGCGCCAUGUCAAGGGCGGGUGGCCGUCGAAGACGGGGCAUCGAGGGCGGCCUUCCAGCUCGUUGUCAGCAUAGAAAUGAAGGCUAGAGACGAGGCACCCGCUCUGUCUAAGCAACAUAGUUGGAUAGACGCUUCCGCAGCCUCGGACAACCUCCCCUCAUCUUCCUCUUCCCUAGCUCAACGUCAGAAGAUCGUAAUACCCAUCGAAGCGCGUCUCAAGGGGAAGGGGCUGGCGGAUACAUUCUGGAUCUGUCAUCUACGGGAGAGGGCGGGGUCCAAGACCACUCUCACGUACGCCGGGCGGUAA